AUGGGCAGACCUAAUCAAAAAGUGUAUGAAGAAGACAAGAACUAUUCGUAUACUGAUUACAGUGCCCAGCUGGGCGAUGCAGCCAACAAUCAAUUGGGGGAGUACAUAAAUGAGGAGACGAAGGUGAGGAUGCUGCUGGAAAAUGCAAUGCAAAGGACCUCGCCCGCAGUGCAAGUAAAAGUGACAAAUGAAGUGGAAAGUGCCAUGAUGACGAUGCCAAAGAUGAUGAUGAUAAUGAUGAUGAUGAGUGGGGCAAAGAAGCAACCAAGGCGCCAGUCUAAUGGAAAUGGGCAUGAAAAUGACAUGACUGACACACAGAAUGUAAUGCCAUCAAUCCAAAAGGACAGCAGCAGCUUAAUGAGCCCCAACACGCUGCCAAUAUCGAAAGGGCAUAACGUUGCCAACAUCACUGACAGUGGCAUCGAUGGCCAAAUGGUCAACGAUGAGCAACUAUUGCGACUGCAGAACUACAAUUUACUCUACAAUGCCGAAAGGCAGACGUAUUUUCAACUGCACACCAGCAAUAAACCGUGGCAUGACAAUCGAACAAAUCGACCAAACAAUCCAACCAGUCCAACAACUGGUAAUCGGCUGCUGCAUCAGGUCGUCGGCAACACAUUGAGUGCUGCCUUUGGUUUGAAUACGAAUACGAAUACGAAUACGAAUAAUGGCCAGGAUACUAUGGGUAUGGCCACGCAAACUGUUCAACUCUAUGAUGCCGCCUCCUUGCGUCAGUCACGCUAUAACCCCUUCAAUCCCACGCGCAUCAUCAUACAUGGCUGGCUGGGCAAUGCACAUGCCAAUGUGUACAGUUACCUGGUGCCCGCUUAUAUGAGACUGGGCGAGGGUAGAUACAACAUCUUUACCGUGGACUGGGGACGUGGUGCCAUUGCGGACUAUAUAACAGCCAGUUACCGGGUGAAGCCAGUGGGUCAGGUGCUGGCCAAGUUCUUGGACUUUUUGCACGAGGAGGCGGGCAUGCGGUAUGAAGACCUACAGCUAAUUGGCUUCAGCAUGGGCGCCCAUGUGGCCGGUCUGGCCGCCAAGCACGUGCAGACGGGACGGGUGCGUGUUAUACGCGCCUUGGAUCCCGCACUACCGUUUUUCCGUUACGCACAGGAAAAGGAGCGUUUAACAAAACAGGAUGCCGACUAUGUGGAGGUACUGCAUACAAGUGUCGGCAGCUAUGGCUUCGAUCGUCCAUUGGGCCACGUAGAUUUCUAUGCCAACUGGGGCAGCCAGCAGCCUGGUUGCUUUUGGCAUGAGUGCAGCCAUUGGCGGGCCUUUGCUCUCUUCACGGAGAGCCUCCAGCCGAGAAGUGUCUUUGAGGCCAAAGGUUGUCAGACCACAGAAUGGCAACAAUUGACCCGCCACAAGCAAUGCCCGCAGCAAACUGGCAUCCUUCUCAGCAUGGGCGGCGAUUUGGGUGAAUUAUCAAUGGAGCAAUUGGCACAACGUGAAGGUGUUUAUUAUUUUGAGACCAAUGCGAAACCGCCGUACAGUAUUAAAGACCCUUUAUAGAGUUUCCGUCUGUGUCGCAGAAAAUGUGUUAACAGCAUUGAAAAUGAAUAUGGCGAAAAAUGGCAGGAAUAAUAAAAAGGCAACAGCAACAACUAAAAAAGCGUAAUGAGCAAA